UAGUGUAUCUAUGCAAUGAAAACAACUGUACCUAUGACAAAUCCCAGUUUUUUAUAUACAUGCGUCACACAUAUUCAAUGUUCUGACUUGAUUUCCUCCAGUCACAUAAUAAAAGUUUCCUUUGAAAAGACAUGGCCAAGAGCAAUGGUGGAAAUGAUUGGCGAUAUCGCUCACAUUCGGUAAGUUCAUGAUCACAAUACACCUUAAGAUCUACUUGGAGGAAAUUAAGCAGAAUUUAAACGACCUUCCUUUGCCCCAUGCCAAUCAGUGUACAUUGACUCACACUGCGACAGGUGCGUCAGUCGGGCAGGUACCCGGAAGAAGAGAAAAAACACCAGGAGCUUGUUCGAGUUACAGUGUGUUAACCCUUACUGAGAAGAGACUACCUCUAACUCCGCUAUAGCCAUGGACCAGAGGAACCUACAAGGAGAGUUUAAGGAUCAGUUUGCAGACGUGGUGUCCAGACUGCAGUCUAAACAGCUGUUCCAGUCUGACUGGGACAUCGCCUCCUUUGCCAUCUUCUUCAUCUUCAUCGGCAUGGUUCUGCUGCUUGUUCUCCUGGUUCUGAUCCGCUGCUGCUGCUGCUGCUGCUGUGAUGAACAGCCUAAAAGACACAAAGUGGGCCAUGAAAACUUUGGAAUGGAUUCCUGAAAGAAACUUGGAACAGAAUCAAAAGAUUCCACAAUGACGACUUUUAGAAAAUCGAUUAGUCCUUUUAUAAUUAAUUGUAUUCAUAUUUUUAGAUAGAUGCACUUUAUAUUUGCACUUUUAUCUGUGUGCCAAACCAAGAGUUGUAUAACUUGUUUUCAUCCCAGUCCUAUCUAUUUACUUUGACUGGUGGAAAAUGUUGCACUCCCUGUGGUAACCUGUUUUAGCUGUUGUCUAAUGGUGGAAAGUCAUCGGAGGUUAUAUGAAUCAGUUUGUUUACUUGUUCCCUGCACGGCUAGUGGAUGUUGCUAAGACGCCAGAAAAGAGAGCAAGGUGAAAAGUCACUGGGUGUCACAACCAGAAGAGAAAAGGGCUUUCACUAAGGGUUCAUGAAUCAUGAAAAACUAGGCACCACUCUUUAUGUAGUGUAAUCAACGCAAGUUCACAAAGCCAAAUGUUUUGUACUUCAUUUAACAUGUACUUUAAACGUAUGUAAUGAGGAAUGAUAGAUAUAGUAGUAUUGAUUCACAAUUGCAUGAUUUUAAUAUAGUUAUUAACAAUAUAAUUCAAUGUUGAAACAUGUUACAAUGUACUUAUUAAAAUUGUUCAAUACAAUUUAAAUAUUUUGUAUUGAAUCUGUCCUGAUUGACUGACUGAACACUCUUGUAUAACAUCUCUUUAUUGCACAGAUAAGAUUAUAUGGUCCACAACAUAUACAUAUCUCAAAAUACGUUUUUAUUAACACUUGCAGUGAUAAUUAAUUUUGUUCAGCAUUGGAAUGGAUAUUCACUUCACAGGGAAUCAGAGGCAAAGUAAUAUAAGUGCAAAAAUAAACAAUUGAAUAAAUAAACACAUUAGCAAACAACACAUACAUUGAAAUGAAUUGAUAAUACGAUUAAUAACAGAAUAAUAGCUUAGCGUUGAGGAGGCAUGACCGUUUACCGUUCAGGAGGCAUGACCGUUUACCGUUCAGGAGGCAUGACCGUUCAGGAGGCAUGACCGUUUACCGUUCAAAGCUGGGAAUGUACGGUUUCCUUUAUAUUCCUUGGAAUGACGCUUUAUGUCAAGUAUAGAGUCAGAAACCUACAAGUUAAUGUCACUAUGAAGAGUUGCGUUAACACCGUUUCAUGUCACAAAACGUAUCCUUCUGAGUUGUGUAGUCUACACAGUAGGACAAUCUGCUUGACACAUUUGUUUCCAAGACCCUUUUUCACACCACUGAGCAGAGCAAACCGAGCUGUACUGAGCUGGCCUGGUUAGGCAUUAACCAUAGAUGCUGGAACCGUGUAGGAGAAGACAAUACGUUUGUAUCGGUCCCUACCCAAAUAAACUAUACAUUUUAAUAUAAAAUAUUCGAGCCAGUACAGUACGUUUUUGGUCGGUAUUAUAGUGUGAAAAGGGUAUAACUAUGUGGAGAGGAGAAACGUUAGUGUUCAGUAACGAGUGUUUGACUAAAAAAAAAUAACAAGACAAGUUGCUCUAUUGAUUCAUAACGAGGUCCAAGUUAGUUCUAUACAACAAGGAGGUCCAACCAAGUUAGUACUAUACAACAAGGAGGUCCAACCAAGUUAGUACUAUACAACAAGGAGGUCCAACCAAGUUAGUACUAUACAACAAGGAGGUCCAACCAAGUUAGUACUAUACAACAAGGAGGUCCAACCAAGUUAGUACUAUACAACAGGGAGGUCCAACCAAGUUAGUACUAUACAACAAGGAGGUCCAAGUUAGUACGAUACAACAAGGAGGUCCAAGUUAGUACUAUACAACAAGGAGGUCCAACCAAGUUAGUACUAUACAACAAGGAGGUCCAACCAAGUUAGUACUAUACAACAAGGAGGUCCAAGUUAGUACUAUACAACAAGGAGGUCCAACCAAGUUAGUACUAUACAACAAGGAGGUCCAACCAAGUUAGUACUAUACAACAGGGAGGUCCAACCAAGUUAGUACUAUACAACAAGGAGGUCCAACCAAGUUAGUACGAUACAACAAGGAGGUCCAAGUUAGUACUAUACAACAAGGAGGUCCAACCAAGUUAGUACUAUACAACAAGGAGGUCCAACCAAGUUAGUACUAUACAACAGGGAGGUCCAACCAAGUUAGUACUAUACAACAAGGAGGUCCAACCAAGUUAGUACGAUACAACAAGGAGGUCCAAGUUAGUACUAUACAACAAGGAGGUCCAACCAAGUUAGUACUAUACAACAAGGAGGUCCAACCAAGUUAGUACUAUACAACAAGGAGGUCCAAGUUAGUACUAUACAACAAGGAGGUCCAACCAAGUUAG